AUGGCCGGGGCUGGUAGCCAGCACCACCCUCCGGGCGCCGCGGGAGGAGCGGCCGCUGGGGCUGGCGCCACGGUCACCUCCGCCGCUGCCCCGGCGGGGCCGGGAGAGGAUUCAUCCGACAGCGAAGCGGAGCAAGAGGGACCCCAGAAACUGAUCCGCAAAGUGUCCACCUCCGGGCAGAUUCGGACCAAGACCAGCAUUAAAGAAGGGCAACUAUUGAAGCAAACCAAUUCUUUCCAGAGGUGGAAAAAACGAUACUUCAAGCUUCGAGGUCGUACACUUUAUUAUGCAAAGGACUCAAAGUCUCUGAUAUUCGAUGAAGUGGACCUCUCAGAUGCCAGCGUAGCUGAAGCAAGCACAAAAAAUGCUAACAACAGCUUCACGAUAAUCACUCCAUUCAGAAGACUCAUGCUAUGUGCUGAGAACAGGAAGGAGAUGGAGGAUUGGAUCAGCUCACUGAAGUCUGUACAGACCAGAGAACCUUACGAGGUGGCCCAGUUUAAUGUGGAACAUUUCUCAGGGAUGCAUAACUGGUACGCCUGCUCCCACGCUCGACCCACUUUCUGUAACGUGUGCAGGGAGAGUCUUUCUGGAGUCACUUCCCACGGCCUGUCCUGCGAAGUGUGUAAAUUCAAGGCUCACAAAAGGUGUGCAGUGAGGGCAACCAAUAACUGUAAGUGGACCACUCUGGCCUCUGUCGGCAAGGACAUCAUAGAGGAUGAAGAUGGAGUAGCCAUGCCUCACCAAUGGCUCGAGGGCAACUUGCCUGUGAGCGCCAAAUGUGUUGUCUGUGACAAAACAUGUGGCAGUGUUCUCCGUCUGCAAGACUGGAAAUGCCUCUGGUGUAAAACAAUGGUACACACUGCCUGCAAAGAUUUGUACCAUCCUGUUUGUCCACUUGGCCAGUGUAAAGUGUCUAUCAUACCUCCAAUUGCACUAAACAGCACUGAUUCUGAUGGUUUCUGUAGAGCAACAUUUUCAUUCUGUGUUAGUCCUCUAUUGGUUUUUGUCAAUUCUAAGAGUGGAGAUAAUCAGGGAGUAAAGUUCCUCCGGCGAUUCAAGCAGUUACUAAAUCCAGCUCAGGUGUUUGAUUUAAUGAAUGGAGGACCUCAUUUAGGUUUAAGAUUAUUCCAGAAGUUUGACAAUUUCCGGAUUCUUGUUUGUGGAGGAGAUGGAAGUGUAGGCUGGGUUUUGUCAGAAAUUGAUAGGCUCAAUUUGAAUAAACAGUGUCAGCUGGGAGUCUUGCCAUUAGGGACUGGCAAUGACCUUGCUCGGGUUCUUGGUUGGGGAGGGUCCUAUGAUGACGACACCCAACUUCCUCAGAUACUGGAGAAGUUGGAAAGAGCCAGCACCAAGAUGUUGGACAGGUGGAGUAUAAUGACUUAUGAACUCAAAUUGCCACCGAAGGCUUCUCUACUUCCAGAACCUCCAGAAGCAUCUGAAGAAUUUUAUAUGACAAUUUAUGAAGACUCAGUUGCAACUCAUCUUACAAAAAUCCUCAAUUCUGAUGAACAUGGAGUGAUCAUAUCAUCUGCCAAGAUACUAUGUGAAACUGUAAAAGACUUCAUUGCCAAAGUAGAGAAGGCACAUGAAAAAACUUUGGAAAAUGCUGUUGUAGCUGAUGCUGUGUCCAGUAAAUGUUCAGUCCUCAACGAGAAGCUUGAUCAACUGCUCCAGGCCUUGCACACAGACUCACAGGCUGUUUCUGUUCUCCCUGGGGUCAGCCCUGUCAUCGUAGAAGAAGAUCCUGUAGAAUCUUCAAGUGAAGAUUCCUUGUGUGAAAGCAAGGAACAACUCAUGGAUGACACGACAAAACCCUCCUCGCAGAAGUUCAUCAAGCCAAAGGAAGUUAUGCUGCGGGCAAACAGCUUAAAGAAAGCUGUGAGGCAAGUCAUCGAAGAAGCUGCAAAAGUGAUGGAUGACCAUACAGUUAACCCCUGUGAACCAGUUAAUCAGUCAUUUGAUUAUGAUAGUACAGAAACAGAUGAAUCUAAAGAAGAUUCUAAAGAUGACGAUACAAAAGAAGCAUUAGCUGCUAAAAUGGCACCUCGCUCUCCAGAUGGUCGGAUGAGCCGUUCUCAAACUGACUCUGUCCCUGGUCCCACUGUGGCAGCUUGCAAAGAAAACCUCCCUGUGCUCAAUACCAGAAUAAUCUGCCCAGGUUUAAGAGCAGGACUGGCUGCCUCAAUUGCUGGGAGUUCUAUUAUCAACAAAAUGUUACUAGCAAAUAUUGAUCCCUUUGGUGCCACGCCGUUCAUUGACCCAGAUCCAGAUUCAGUAGAUGGAUAUUCAGAAAAAUGUGUCAUGAACAAUUAUUUUGGGAUUGGAUUAGAUGCAAAAAUUUCACUAGAAUUUAACAAUAAGAGAGAAGAACACCCUGAAAAAUGCAGGAGCCGAACUAAAAACUUGAUGUGGUAUGGAGUCCUUGGAACUCGGGAAUUAUUACAGAGAUCAUAUAAGAAUUUAGAACAGAGGGUGCAACUUGAGUGUGAUGGACAGUAUAUUCCUCUGCCCAGUCUGCAAGGAAUAGCAGUAUUGAACAUCCCCAGCUAUGCUGGAGGCACUAACUUCUGGGGUGGAACUAAAGAGGAUGAUAUAUUUGCUGCACCAUCAUUUGAUGACAAAAUCCUGGAAGUUGUUGCAAUAUUUGAUAGUGUGCAAAUGGCAGUUUCAAGGGUCAUUAAACUUCAGCAUCAUCGAAUAGCCCAGUGCCGUACAGUAAAAAUCACCAUAUUUGGUGAUGAGGGAGUCCCAGUGCAGGUAGAUGGUGAAGCAUGGGUUCAGCCUCCAGGGAUCAUCAAAAUUGUACACAAGAACAGAGCUCAGAUGCUCACAAGGGACAGGGCUUUUGAAAGCACUUUAAAAUCUUGGGAAGAUAAACAGAAGUGUGAUUCUGGUAAACCGGUUCUUCGAACCCAUUUGUACAUCCAACACGCUGUUGACUUGGCAACAGAAGAGGUGUCUCAGAUGCAGCUAUGCUCGCAGGCUGCAGAGGAACUCAUUACCAGAAUUUGUGACGCGGCUACCAUUCACUGUCUUUUGGAGCAGGAGCUGGCCCACGCCGUGAACGCGUGCUCCCACGCGCUGAAUAAAGCGAACCCACAGACCCCAGAGAGUCUUACAAGAGACACUGCCACUGAAAUAGUCAUCAAUGUGAAGGCCUUGUAUAAUGAAACGGAAUCCUUACUAGUCGGCAGAGUUCCUUUGCAGUUGGAAUCGCCACACGAAGAGCGGGUAUCUAAUGCCUUACAUUCUGUGGAGGUGGAGUUACAGAAACUAACAGAGAUCCCUUGGCUUUAUUAUAUUUUACACCCAAAUGAGGAUGAGGAGCCUCCUAUGGAUUGCACCAAGAGAAACAACAGGAGCACAGUAUUUCGCAUAGUGCCAAAAUUUAAAAAGGAAAAGGCUCAGAAGCAGAAGACAAGUUCCCAGUCUGUUCAGAAAUGGGGCACAGAGGAAGUUGCUGCUUGGCUGGAUCUGCUCAAUUUGGGAGAAUACAAAGAAAUCUUCAUUCGUCAUGACAUCAGAGGGGCAGAACUUUUGCAUCUGGAAAGGCGAGAUCUUAAGGACCUGGGGAUACCGAAGGUCGGUCAUAUGAAGCGAAUUCUCCAGGGAAUUAAGGAACUUGGAAGGAGUACUCCCCAGUCUGAGGUGUAAUCACAUUGGUGCUAUUCCUUGGAAGAGAAAUAAUUGCCAGUCAAUACAAAGUUCUUGGAAGCAAUGGCUGACCUUGUAGUUUUCUGCCUAGAGAAGUAAGCACCUCUGAAACACCUCUAUGGUUUGAUUUUUUUUUGUGGGUGAAAAUUUUGAUUUGAAUAAUAGAAACUAUUUUUGUGCCAAAUAAUUACAUUCCAUGAAAUAAUUUUCUUAUUGGGCCAACUUGACAUGUUCAAAUAUAUUAGUAAAAUGAUAGGAGGGAUCUCAGGCAAUUGCCUCAUCUCAAAGGUGGAACCGCAAAAGGCGUACUUUCUUUCAACUGGUCAGAUGAAAUAUUCUUACUGUUCAGCUGCCUAAGAAUAUGUGGCUAAAAUUUCUUAGGUUUCAUUAUUGGAGGCCUUGGCUUUCUCUUUAAAAUCAUUGGCCGGAAGGUUAAACCAUAAAUUGAGCUGUAUUUUGAGUGUUAGAUUGGUAUCACAUCAGAUUUUUAGGGAUCAGUGCUCAAAGAAUGUGGUGUAGACCCUUCAAAUACUAUGAAUGAAUGCAAAUCCUAAUGCACGAAGUUCCUGCCUGAAUUGUCUCUUUUUCUUGCAUGUCACAUCUAAUAUUAUAACACUUUAACAGCUUUAAGUCAGUUUUAAUGGAAUUUAAUUUAUUACUCUCUGAGUACUUUUUUGUUGGCUAAAGGCACUUUUUCUCCUUUGAUGUGGAAUUUUCCACAAAUAUUCUGUAUCUAAGAUUUUGUGAACCUGUGUCUGUGCCAUAAUCAACAAAUAUCUUACCUAAGCCAAUUUUAUUUCAACCUGUCAAACAAUGGUGUGCACAUUUAAAAAAAAUUCUCUGGAUAUUUUCAUAAAAUUACAUGUUCUGUUGCCUAUCAACAGCUGUUAGAGUUUUCUAAACCAUUUUGUCUUACUUGCCUUUCCAUUUUAAUAAUUAUUUAUAUUCUGUUUGCACUUAUAUUAUGGUAGACUGUUGAUGUCCCAGGAUUUCCCCAUGUGUCAACUAAGAUUUGUAUACUGAUUGGUCAUAAAGAACCACCUACUAGCUAAAGUGACUCUUAACAUGACCUUCCUAACAAAAAAAGAUUUAAAUUUUUUCUUAAGGGCUUUACACCACCAUUAUCAUUUCAUUUAAUUCUUAUAUCCUAUCAAAUGGAGAUUAUUUUCCUUUUUCUAAACCACUAUACUUCCGUGUAACUAAUUAGGAGUCAACAUUAUGAGGAUCCAAUCUUUAAAAGCCAAAGGCAUACAUAUCAAAAAGAUCACACAAAUAUCUUCAGUUAAACUUUCUUUAAAAAUAUAUACCAAAAAAUUGAAUUGUAAUACUUGCAAAUCUUCUAUCAUAGAGAAGUAAACAUGGUGUUUACUCCGUGGUGACAUAAAGUAGCCUUCUAAGUAGGUGCUCAGUAGCUGCUCAUGCCCAUGUAUACACGCAUACAGGCACAAACACGCGUGCAUAUAUACAUAAAAACAUAUUUAUAUACACACCUAUAUUUAUAUGCAUAACCACACUAACGUACAUGUAGUCUUGACAUAUACUCUCAUUUAUAUUUUGUAGAGAAUUAUUUGCCAAAUGUUUAAAGAGAGAUAUUAAUGGAAGCGCCUUUAAAGUGAACUACUGUCAGUCAUUUUAUGCAAGGAGUUUAAGUAUCUGAUACUUUUUCCUUAUUUAUUAUUCGAGUAUUUGACUAUCAGUAACAUCCCCAAAUGAGCCUAUCUUAAAAAUAAAGAAACAUGCCAGAUUUCUGACCAAAUCUGACUAUAUGUUUUCCCUAAGUUGUCAGUAAAUGGAAAAUUUCCAAAGGAAAUGAUAUCAAGUCGCAUAUCCAUGUGAAAAGCUCUCCACUUAAUAACUUCCUUUUUUCCAUACCUGUGAAAGUAAAGGUCUACUUUUCUAGUUAGCCCCUCUUUCAGCCCCCACCCUGCAUAGUGUCUUGCUCUCCCCAGCACUUUCCUGUGAGCUCAAAAAGAUGAUGCCAGGUACUCAGCUUUACCAAAAAAGUAAAAGUGGGAAGCCCAGAGAGAGGAAUUCUGAAAAAGAAUUAAGAUAAAAAUCUUCGUUGAUUUUCACUUUCCUAACUGCCCCUUUCCCUAUAGAAAAAAUAGAUCUUCAAACUUUCUAGGUGUUGUUGGUUUCAUGCUUAGGUAACAUCUCUCAUAUAUGCUGCGACUCAUUUCAUGGAAUCCUUCGUUACUAUAAUUUUCCUGCAAAUAACUUUUGGGUGAGGAAUAUUCUUUUAAAUGAUAAUUUUAUUAUUUCUAUAGAGUUAAAUGGCAGCUACUUUUCCUAUACGUCUUCUGUGUAUGACUGUGUAGGCACCAAAUCACAUCACUUAUACCCAUUUCCUAUGACAGUGUCCACCGAAGUCCUCAGGCCCCUUGUCAGUGUCACAAAGGAACCAAAAGAAGGUAGAAAGAGCUUCUCCAUGGAACCUGAUCACAGGUCUGGAGAGUGCAGGGAGAGCCCCUGUACUUUGAUCCAUGUUUAAGCCAAGGUGGAAAGCUCAUUCUGGCUCCUGCAGUUGUCCUUCCCACUUCUGCCCAGUAAGCUCCAAGCAACUGGGUCAUUCUGAAGGGGAGUUUGGGAAAUCACAGCUAAUAUCCACUCUCUUUUCAUCUUAGUUUCCGAAGAGAAACUCAAGUAAGAUGGGGUAAAGGUCAAGCCUGAGUAAAGUUUCUUGGAGCACUCCCAUUUCCCCCCCAGGAAUCCACUCCCUGUCUGACUUUCUUCCCCACUCCCUGACUAUCUGUUCUUUCAUCUGACAGUACAGUGAGCGCUUCUGAAAUUCAUGCUGCAGUGCUGCCCUCUUCUCAUCAAUUAUCCCACAAAAUGGUUCCAUCUCCUCACCUUAAGCACUCAUUGAAGGUCAUCAAACAAAGUAUUAGGGAGAAAACUAUUUAAAGAAAUUAAUUCUACAUUUCAUAAAAAGAUACUUGCUAAUCUAAUUGCUGGACUAGAUGAUUUGGGGACCAGCACAUAUAUAUUGCCCUACGAAGCGAGUUGUGAAGGUUUAGAUCCAUGUCGUCCAGUAUCAUAGCCACUAGCCACAUGUGGAAAUUUAAAUUUAAUUAAUAAUUUAGUUUUUAGCUGGCUAGACACAUUUCAUGUGAUCAGUGACAACCGUGGAUGGUGGAUAUGUUAAGCAGUCCACCACUGCAAAAAUUCUGCUGGAGAACACUGGUGGGUCAUUGCUACUCAGAACGUGGUGCAGGAGAAAAAGCAUCCCUACCCUCUUGUAAAAAAAGCAUUUCUACCCCUUAAAGAAAUCAGAAUCUCAGGUCCACUCCUACCUACUGAAUCAGAAAUCUUCAUUUUAACAUUCAUCCAGUGAUUACUACUGACCUAAUACAUUUGAUCUCUCCUAAAUAUCAGGGAUUUGAGAUUUUUCAGAAGAGCCUCAGAAAAGCUCCCUCCCCAGCUCACUGUUCCCUGUUCAUUUUCCAGCUAUUCCCAGAAACUAGCUGAAAUUCACCACCCUAGCUAAAUUUCCUUCUCAAUCUUUAUUCCUAAUUCUGGUUCUCCAAGAGUCCUCCCUAUCCUGUAUUUUCAUAUCUAGGGUGGGACACAGCUGGCCUUUCUCCAGGCCCUCACAUUUGCUCAAUUUGAUUCUCAUGUGACAAUCUCACUUCUCUACAACUUAAGUCACAGGAACAUUUCAGAAGAAUAUGCUCUGAGAUAGGGACUUGUCAGACUUCUACAACUUGUACAUUUUACUUUUCUUAUCAAUAGGUCAUCCUGUGGACAUAGUUCAUGGUUGAGGACACCCAGAAGUACAAUAGCAUUAAAUGAAUCAUUGGACAUGCAAAAAAUAAAUAAAUAAAUAAACUAAAAUGAUUAUAAGUAAGAUGAAUGCAUCAUUAAAGCCCUCAGAGAAGGCAUGUUUGCUAAAUUGUGAUGUUUUUUGCUAACUUAUCUUGAUUUUCAGAAAGUUAAUAAUUCUUUCAAGUAGUGCCUGAAAAAUAAGUCAUUUUCUUGACCCUUAAUAUACAACAUAGUUAUUUCUAUAAGAUCUUUCCAAUGAUUUAUUAUGAUUAAUUCAUCACUUAAUAUUUUUUAUAUACCAAUAUAAUAUACUAACACAUUUCUGCUUAGAGAUCCUUAGUUUAAUUUAGUGAAUAAAGAGAGCUCUAUUUUAACCUUCAUGGAAAUUAUUUUAACAAGAACUGAGCAAGAAAACACUCACCCAAAGCUAUGACUUAGAAAAUUAUAGUGGAAACCUGCACAUGUCAUUUCUCGACCAAACCAUCUUUUAACUCUAACUGGACUGACAGUAUAGUGGACUUUUAUAUUAUACAGUUGUGAAUUCUUUAAGAAUAUAGCUUUUCAAUAAGCUGUAGAAACAUUGCAUCUUUCAACCUUGGUGUCUAGAAUCUGCCCUGCCCCUUCUUCUCAAAAUGAACUCAUCCUACAUUUUUCAGAUGCUUGUGGUGGUUUUAUAACCCCAAGUUCCUUAAAUUAGUGGAAAGAAGAUUGAGAAGUGAUGUCACAAACUUGACACCUAGACUCCUCCGCCACCUUCCUGGGGAUUUCCCACAGUGUCUGACUGAACCUUUCUCCCUUUCCUCUGGUUGUCCACACCAAGUGUGUUGGGGCUUGGAAUUUUUUUUUGUCUCUGCUGUGGGCAUGUUCUCACUGACUUCUGUUUAGCAAGCUCUGUGUCAGAUGGGUCGUAGGAUGCCAUUGCCAUAGGAUGCCUUUCUAAAGAAACAGCCAAACAAUCUAAAAGGCAAUGAUUAUUGAUUUUAAUUAUACAAACAUUGAUUUUUAUCUUUAGUAUUGUGUAUUUUUUUUCUUCCAGUUUUGUUUAGAGAUAUGACUGUUAGAAGAAAAAAUUCAAAAGGUUUAUCAUUUCAGAGAACUGAGAGAUUAAAAGACAGCUGGACUGUAUCUAUUUGAAUACUUGUUUUUGUUAUUUUCAAGAAUAACUGAGCCUAUAUUAAACUCAGUAACAGUAAUAAAGAUAAGCCCAUAUUACUACUAUAGGUGAACAGAUCAGUUCCUUUUAUCUAGCUAAGAUAUUUUAUUUACAUAUAUUUAUACUCUUUCACUUUUUAUGCACUUCCAAACUUUAGUUGGAAAAAGAGAAACCAACCCACUACUUAGGUUAUAAAAUCUCUACAUAAAGUAUUUCUUUGCAGCUACAACUUAUUCAUUGUAUAGGAAUUUAUAAAUAGUCUUGGUAUUUCAUAGGAACUGCAUUUCAUGAGUAAAUUAACCAAAUCUAAAGAAACAUAAGAUUACUUUUAAAAAUGCAUUAAAGUAAAAGUUUCAUACUCAGUUGAUAAUGCCACUGACAUAGGAUAAUGCAGUUAGAUAUACAAGCUAAAGGAAAAAGAAUCUAUUUUGUGAUCCUAACUGUCUGAUUGCACUAUUGUUUACCACAGCUUAGCCAUAUCUAUUUCUGUAUUCUCAGUAUUAAGCUGAUAUGUAGCUCAAGAUUUCUUACCGUUCUGGUAACUGGUAACUAGUAUUGUAAAAGGUUUUGGCAUUGUAAUAUUCCCAGAUUUGUGAGUUAUAUAUUGUAUAUGGAAAAUGACUGAUGAAUUGGAGUAAUAUAUUUAUCUAGAGCUGGGAAAGUACAAUAAUUAUUUUCAAAUCUCAAGUAAGUUGUAUUAAUUUUUUUCUUCCUUUUAAGUAAGAUAAAAAGUCUCUUUAUCAUGUCUAUUUAUACAACAUGUUUCUCCUUUUACUGGUUUUAUUAAUUUUCAUAUUACAGUUUUUCUUAUCUUUUUAUGCCAAAAUAAUUAUGCUGGUUAGUCAGACUGUCAAGAUGUCUUUUAAUAUGCUGGAAUCUUGACAAACAAAAUAUUUAAUAACAAACUGGCUUUGUAUAUUUUGUGGCUUUAAGACAGGAAUUUUACCUUCAAUUCUCUAAACGAGGCAGUGCUGGCAUCGGCCAAGUUAAUAAUAGUACUCAAUCAUCAGUAGAAGGUUUUCAAAAGUUGUAUAAAUCAGUGCAUUUAUUUAUUAUGUUGUAAAACAAUCUGUAUUCAAAAUACAUAUUCUAGCUCUAUUACACUGUUAGAGUAUAUAUAAACCAUAACUCUGUUAACUAUUUACUUAUGUACUUGAAAUACUCAUUUCUGUCAAACAGAUGCCCAACUUUUUUCCUUACCAACAAAAAAAAAAGUAUUCUAGCACCCACAGGUAACUGAAUAGUAAUAAGGACUUUGUUAAAAAAUGAUCUUUCAUGUUGAAAAUACAUAGGACUAAAGAUGCAAAGCCAAAAUGAAAUCACCAAAUUAAGAAUUUAAUAUAGCCACAGCGCUAUUAUGUUAUUUUUUGCCAAUGUGUAUUUUAUACUGAGGUCAGAACUUACUUUCUGGGGUAAAUUUUCAAUUUUAGAAUGAAAGAGUUCUGUGAUUAUAUUGCCAAUAUGAUCUUUAGAUGAAAACAUGUCACAAGCAUUUAGCAGCCAGCUUUUGGUUCUAGGGAGUCUGUUUUUAACACAUGCUUGCAUUUGAGUUUGGACUGCUUCUCAAAUGGUGAUAUGAGAGGUUACUCCCUAUCAUUAUUUUUUGUUUUCUCAGUUAUUGCAACUUAAAUUGAAUUUUUGAAUUAUUUCUACUUAGGAAUAUUCUUAUUCAAUUGUUGAAAAACUAAAAAUUAAAACUGAAUGUCACAACAUACAAACAGAAUAACAUUGCCUAUUUUGGGGGAAGACAAAAAAGCUAUUCUGAGUUAAGUUGAGGUAGUAUUGUAUACCAAAGAAAUCACUUUAAUAAACCCUGAAUCCAACUGUUUUAUUGUUUUUACAGUAAAAGCAGUAGAUGAAUUGUGGGUUAUUUAAGAAGUACAGUAGUAGGAGAUUAAAUAGGAAUUAGUUUACUAUGAUUUUAAAGAGUUUUGUAUUCACCUUAACCAUAGUGCAUGCAAUUAUUGAAGGCAGGGAAAAGAAAACACUUCAGAAACAUGGAAAUUAAAGGAAAUAGGAGCUCGAUCUGUACCAGAAUCGGUUAAGGAAUUUUCAUCUGGAUGCUCUAAGUUCAUAUUAUUUAUUUGGGGAAAUGCUAAGAACUCACUUCCAAACUCUUCAAUAGUUUAGAAUCAUUUUAUUUUUUUCUAUACUCACCUCAGACAGCCAUUUUAUAGCAAGUGCUGUGUGUGUGUCAAGUCUUUUCUUAGAUUGACUACCCAAAGAGAAAACUGUCUCUUUAAGUCAGUGGUUAAAAAACCACUAUGGUUUUUCCCUUGUUUGGCCCUGUCAUGUAACGUACUGUCUGUACUAAGUGAAUUCUGGAUAGUUUCCUCCCUGUUUCUUCCAAGACUGGGUCUCUGACGUGGGGUGAUACUCCCUCAUGCAAAAUACCUUCUAAAUUUCUUGUAAAGAAACUAGAGAUUGUCUUUAUUACUGCCAUAAUGGAAAUCUGAGUGUCAUUAAAGGAAAUAAAUUAAAAUAAUUUAGCUAAGGGAUAUUGACUACUUAUACUUGACAUUCAAAUUCAGCCACUCUCUGAUCGUUAAUGUAAAGAUUUUUUUGCUACCUCUGUAAUUUUUAUAACAUAAGAUAACUAGAGCUCUUGUUGCAUCUCCUUCCCCUGAAAAUGUUGAAAUUAGAAGGUGCAAACUGCAAACUGAAUGUGUAACAGAAAAACUGAAUCAGAACUCAUGAGAAUAAUAGUCUGAUCUGUCUUAAUGACACAGCUUAGUUUUCAUAAUGACAGAUCUCUAAAUGAUGAUUUCAGAAUGACUGAUACAGUGACUAGAAAAAAAAAUUAUUUUUCUGGAAAUUUGCUCCUCACAGGGACCUGAUAGACAUGUGAUUUUGCACAAUUAAGGUGAACUAUAGCAUUAGUCAGAUCCUGUUUAUAGAUAUAAACUGAAUUUGUGUCAUUUUAUAUCACUCAUAAUGUAUGAGUAUUUCAUUUUUUAAUUCAAAUGUAAGAAGUCUUGUUUGCCACAGUUACCACCUCUUGUGGUAUGUAAUAACUAAAAACUGUUACCUAGGAGUCCGUUUUUCUUUUGUGAUUCUAUACAGCCAUUAUAAAAUAUUUCAAAAUUAUGAUGUUACAGUAAAAAUCUCUUUGAACUGAAUAAUUUCUAAAAUUAAAUAGAAGUCCAAAAUGCAUGUAAUUAAAUUUAAAUGCCCUCUUUCUUCUCUCAUUUAAUGGACAUUUUCCUAUCUUCUCUAUACUUGGCACUUGACUGGAUGCUGGGGAUACAAACAAAAUAAGGCAUAGCUUUUGUCUGGUAAAGUUCAAGUUUGUUUGCACAGUUGUUUUUCUAUGUCUGUUUAAAAAUUUAGAGGACUUUUUCAUUAAAUUGUUUUUUACUGAGGUAACAGUCUAUAACACCUUUGUUUUCGGGGUAUAGGUUGAUGCCUCUGAGAGGUAAGCUACCACACCACACAUACUGUCAAAGCCCCAAUAACCUUUUACAUAGUUCCAUUGCCCUCCCCCAACUGUCUUUCUCCCUCCUCACCCCCCCUACCCCAACACACACCCAUCUCCCUAUCAGCUGUCAUCUUCCUCUGGUAGCCUUAGUUGUGCAGUCAGACUUAAGGGGAUGCUUUGAUUUGUCUGUCCCUUUGCUUUGUUUCUUUAUAUUCCACAUGUGCGUGAAACCAUCUGAUAUUUAUCUUUCUCCUUCUGA